UCCCUGCGUGUCUGUUCCCCACACAGGGCCUCCCGUCCCCUGCCGCCCGGGCCCCUGCGUGGGCUGGACCCUCCAUCCCCACACAUUGGCCCCAUCGCGGCGCCCAGGCUCCGUCCGGGUUCCCGGCCCCUGCCCUGUCGCGCCGCCGCCGGAGCGGUGACCGCCCGGCCCGCCGUCCUUCCGCUGCUACCGCUGCCGACACCAUGGGCAGUGAGCAGAGCUCCGAGGCCGAGAGCCGAGCCAACGAUCUGAACUCCUCAGUGACUCCUUCUCCAGCUAAGCAUAGAGCCAAGAUGGACGAUAUUGUGGUUGUAGCUCAGGGCUCCCAGGCCUCACGGAACGUCAGCAACGAUCCUGAUGUCAUCAAGUUGCAGGAGAUUCCCACCUUCCAGCCCCUUUUGAAAGGGCUAUUGAGUGGCCAGACUUCCCCCACAAAUACCAAACUGGAGAAAUUGGAUUCUCAGCAGGUGUUGCAGCUCUGCCUCCGCUAUCAGGAUCACCUGCACCAGUGUGCAGAGGCUGUUGCCUUUGAUCAGAAUGCUUUGGUUAAACGAAUCAAAGAGAUGGAUCUGUCCGUAGAAACCCUCUUUAGCUUCAUGCAGGAGCGCCAGAAAAGAUAUGCCAAAUAUGCGGAGCAAAUCCAGAAAGUCAAUGAGAUGUCAGCCCUCCUCCGCCGCAUCCAGAUGGGCAUCGACCAGACGGUGCCGCUGAUGGAGAGGCUCAACAGCUUGCUGCCCGAGAGCGAGAGGCUGGAGCCCUUCAGCAUGAAGCCCGACCGCGAGCUCAAGCUGUAGCGGCCUCCUCCCGUGGGCGGGCUGGCCCGCACGGACCCCCAACACCCUCAGAGCCAGGGUCCUGCCAUUUGACGGGGCCGGAAGCUCGGGGGUUCUGGAGCUCCCUGGAGUGGAUGUGAAGCUGGCUGGCUGGCACAAAAACCGACUUGGCCCUGCUCCUUCCCUUCAUGUGUUUUCCCCGUGCAAAAUGAACCUAAUUUUUGGUGAUAACCAAAGUUGGAACAUUUGAAUUGUUAUGAUUUCUUUAAAGAACUCUGUGGGCCGGCCCGGUGGCGCACUGGAUAGUGCGCCGCUUGGGAAGCGCGGCGGCGCUCCCGUCCGAGGGUUCG